CUUUACCCAUUUCCCCUAAAAAUGCCUAAAUCUUAAACUCUAAUUUUCCCUAAAAUCCCCGUCUCCUUCGCAACUCCUCGACGACGGCAUCCAGUACCCCAACGACGGCACUCCACUCCAGUAGUCCAGUCGGCAGUCUCCAGACUCCACUCUGCUCCUCCUCCUCUUGCAUCUCCCGACAAUGAAGACCAAGACAAGAAUGAUAGGAAGAGUAAGAGAAAAUGGGGGGAGUAGAUUUUUAGUCCAGCUAUGCUCCUCCCCCUCCACCUCUUCAUGCGCCGCUGAUGUUCAAACAUUGAUAAGCGUUCAUGGCAAGUCUGGCUUCCACAUUGACCCAUACCAUGGUGAACAGGCUGCUGAGCUCUCGGUUGAUUUCUUUGAGAAGUCCAAGAUGGAUCCUUCCCACUGGGAAACCAUCUCAGCUGGCGGGUUGAAACGUAUCCAGGAGAAGUACACAUGGCAGAUCUAUUCAGACAGGCUGUUGACGCUGGCGGCUGUUUAUGGAUUCUGGAAACACGUUUCCAAGCUGGACCGCCUGGAGAUCCGUCGCUAUCUGAAAAUGUUUUAUGCUCUCAAAUACCGCAAGUUGGCGGAGGCUGUGCCAUUGGCAGAGGAGUAAAGAAGAAGAUGAAGAAGGAAGAGAGGCUGAAUGAAUAAGUUAAAAAAAAAAAAAAAAAAAACCUAUUUCAUUGUAUUUCAAGAGGCUGCUUCUGUUUAACGAAUGAUUCUCGUUUGUUUUGUAAUUUUGUUUUGUUUUGAUUUGCUUUUCAAUUUCCCUGUAUUGUGUGUAGGAAGAAGAUUGGAAAUUUGAAAAUUGAAAAUUGUUGGCAUAA